UUUACUUUUGAGGUUAUGUCUUAUAAUGUAUAUGAGAUAUUACCAAAAAAUACUAAGAAAAUAAUAUAGCCACAUAAAUUAAACAUGUCAUUAAUUUCUUUAGCUUCAGUUAUACUGAGGAGAAGUGCCACAUACCGAACAUUACUACCAUGUCGUCACUGUAUCAAGAUAAACGCACCUUUCAGCUCGGUUGCAACAAAAACAGUUCACGAAGUCAACACGAACAUUGUAAAAGACGUUAUUCUGUAUAAAUAUGAAAAUCCAAAAUAUUUUAAGUACAUGAACGUGUUUGCAGUAGUGCAGUACAUGUUUUGGAUGUAUUUGGGAGGAUUUGCGUUCACGGCUUUGAAAGAUGCACCCGUUGACCGGUCGACGAUAACAGACGAUACGCCGUGGUAUAGAAGGAUAAAUCUUGGUGAUAAUAAGUACAGGAAUACGCUUGGUGGGAUAGCUGUGCUUGUUGGCACAGGCUCUCUAGCAAUGAUAUGGAUGUACACCCUAAAGUCUGUCCGUUACCUCAUACUCCACAAAGGAGGCAAACACUUAUCCUUCGUAACCUACACUCCGUUCGGUAACAACCGUAUCAUGAAGGUGCCUAUAGAAAAUGUCUGUUGCAAGGAAGCGAGGAAGAAUGCCCGGGUCCAACUGCCGUUGAAGGUGAAGAACACUUGGAUGCAUUAUAUGUUGGAUAUGAAAGGGGAGUUUAAAAAUCCUAUUCUGUUUGAUGCUACAGCUGGGUUGGCUAGGAAAUGGUAAUUUACCAUGUAGUUUUUGUUACAGAUUUUACAAGAUAAAUGAAGUGGACUUAUGAAACUGAGGAUUCAAAAGUAGGUUUGCUAUACACACAGGAAUGCUUGUUUGCAUUGUUAAGUUUCCUCAAUAAAUAUGCAAUUUUUGUCAAUAUCAUUCAUUUGUCAUUUGCUCAAAAAAGGGAACUCCUAUCAUGCAAAGCAGGAAAAAGUGAGACAACACAAAAUGAGUUUUGGUUUCCGACACAAGAGCAGUCACUUUGAUCGGUCUUGAGUGGUAUCAAUAUUUUAUGUACCUAACUAAAAAAAUAUUAGUACUAAAAUAAAUAAUAUAUUGCAUUUUUUCAUAUAGACACCUGUAUUAAAUGCAAGACUAUUCAUUAUAUGUGGUUACCUUGCCUUUGACUACUUAACCUAGAUAAUGAAUAGUUUAAUGUUGUAGCUAGCAGAAUGUUAAUACCUAGCGAUGUUUGAUCAUUUUUACUAUUCUAUUCUUGCAUUUGGUUUCAGUAAAGUGUAGAUAUAAAUGUUAUUCUUGUAAAUAAAGACUUUGUUACAAA